AAUGAUAUUUCAGAAUAGUUCUUGAAUUCAGCUUGGAGCAACUUGAAUAAAACAAGUACGCAACUUGUGGAGUAAGCUUGGGGGCCAAGGAAUAACUCUGACACCUUAAUUUUUUGGUGACUAAGGAUAGUCCAUUGGUGAGGGUUCUAGUCUGCAGAGCCCUCUAUGUAUUAGGAAUGUUAGAUGUGUAACCACAUCAAACAUUAUCGAUUACACAAUUAUUCAAUAGUCCCCAGGAGUGGAACUAGCAGCCAGUAUGCUCCGGCCACACUCCCAGGGUGCCCCUUGCUACUUCAUGCUGCUGCCUCUGUAGCUUAAAAACCAACUCCCCACACAGACUGGCCCCCAUCUGCUGCCCUGCGCUGCUGCCUAUGACACAAGUGAGAGGGAUCUGAGGUCCCCACUGUAGUAAGAUGAGGGCCUAAAACAUAAGCCAGUGCAGUACAGGUCUGGUUUGAGGCCUAGCUAACAGUGAACCAGAUAUGGAUAAAGAAAAGUUGAGGUAAGCAGAAAACAACCUUGUUAAAUAAACAAGCUGAGACAGCACAAACCCAGUAGAGAGCAGUAAUUGGGAGCUUAUCAUGAGUUGUAAACACAGAGCUCAUUGAAAAAGGCCAUGAUACCCACUCCCCAUAAAUACUAACUCAGGGUCAGGAAAAAGGUCUAAGAUAAACAACCUGAUAGAUAUUUACUCCCCACAAAUACUAACUCUGGUUAAAGAAAAGGUCAAGCUUAAUACAUGAUGGAUGGAGAUGAUCUAAUCAGUUCAUAAGGUGAUUGGUGGUAGCUUGACAACAUCAGAGAGUGGCAACUUCACACGUCAGCAGUGAUGUGUUUGUACCAGGAUAUAAGGUGGUGUUUUGGGCUACUGUCUCUGAAUGGCCUGGGGGGAAUGGAAGUGUUUCAUUGUGUUGAGCCAUUCCAUUGUUAUGGAGGAGGAAGGGAAGGCGGAGGGGGAGAGUGGUAUAAAUGCAUAGUGGUUCAGUAGAGUCUCUUGACAACUAUUAAUGUAUUUCACUUAACAAUAAACCUAGCCUGGCAUCCUCAAUCCUUAUCUGAUUUGUGGUCUUUGGGGGCUCUCUUGGAGUCUUCUGUGAAGACGAAGUGCACUAGUCUACACGGCACACAUCAUGGAGCACACAUGUGUUUCAGCAUAUGUAGAAGUAUGGUCAUCCAACAGAACCGAGAAUUAUUCAAAAACAUUUGCACAACAACUUCUGGAUAUGGGUGCAAAAGUUUCAAAAACUUUUAACAAACAAGUGACUCAUGUAGUCUUCAAAGAAGGACGUUUGGCUACCUGGAGAAAGGCUCAAAAGACUGGAGUAAAACUAGUUUCUGUACUCUGGGUGGAAAAAUGCAGAGAAGCUGGUGCUCAUGUUGAUGAAUCAUUAUUUCCUGCAAUAUAUACUAAUGAAGGGUUACCCCUUUUAAUUAAAAAACACAAAUGCAUGCAGCCCAAAGACUUCGUUGAAAAAACUCCGGAAAAUGAUAAAAGACUACAAAAAAAAAUUGACCUGAUGGCUAAAGAACUAGAUAUACAAAAAACAGCAACCGAAACCGAUAUACCUGUUUUAUUAUUUGAGGAUGAUGGUUCACUUGCAUAUAGUCCUACAGAUAAAAUAAAAGAUCAGUGCAGUGCAAUGGAAAAGAGAAUAAAGGAAAUGAAGGAGAAAAGGGAAAAUCUUUCCCCUACUGCUUCACAAAUGUCUCAGAUAUCUACAUUUAAUUCAACACAGCCUACAUAUGGAGAAGGUCUUACUGCCACUUCAGCGAGUGCUUUGCUGCCAGAAGAGCACAUCAGUGAUUCUUUAAACUCGAGUUUUGGUGAUCUUUGGGGAAACUGUAAAUACAAAAAUCAGAAACCAAAACCAACUCGAAAUGAUAUUUAUGUAUCUACAGCUGUAUUAGAGCAUCCUCUGUUUUCCAGUAGUGACCAAGGGGACUUAACUCCAAAAUCAACUAAUAGAAAACAUUUAAACAAACUAAGUAUGCAACGUUCUCUGGAAAGUAAAAAGAGAAAAUCUAAGGAGUCUCCUAACCUAAAUCAGACUGGUGAAAAUCAUCUGACUUGUGAAUUGGUUUCAAACAAAAGUUCUUGUGUCCAAGAAAAAAACUUUAGUCCCAUCACUCUGUACCCCAAAAUGGUCCAGUUGAAAGCUUCUGCAGUUACCAUGAGCAAUCAGUCUGAUUCAUUAAUGAGCAGUGCAGAUUCUAUUAAUAUGCAUGCAGUUGACAUAAAUAUUCCUGUUGACAGAGAGGAUUGUAGUGUCAGAUACAAAAUACAAGGGAAGACUGAGAGAAAGAGCAUAAAAUUAACCACCUCAGCAUUAUGUAAGGUAGGGUCUGAAAAUGAAUUUCUUCUAGCAAUGACCACACGUAACAAAUCAUCAGAAAUAGAGGAAGCUUCAUAUGAAGAUUUCUUUUCUCCUUCUAAUUUGAAUAAAAGUAAAAAGCAAAUAAAAGACUUUCCUUUGCAAGUUCAGCAGAAAUUGCCAAGUACUCCUGAAAUAAGUUGCAAAAGAGGCUUUCUAAGCCACAAACGAGAGAGAUUGUUUGAAGGGUCAGAUAAACAGUGUGUUGCUCUUUUCAAAAAAAGAAGAACUGGUAAGACAAUUGGUACAUCAACAGAGGAUGACUGCAGGAUGACUGAAGGUUCAGAAAGUACGGUGACUGUGACUUUAAACUGCAUGUCAGGUGGAGUUAACGCUGAGUCAGCAGAAGCCCUGGGUUCUAGCACUCUGAAUCAAUUUCAGCAGAGUCUUCAGAAUAUAUCCUGCAGAACCAGCGUGAAUAGCUGCCCUCAAACUAUUGAAACUAGAUUACCAGAAAAAAACGCUGCUUUGAUGGCAUCAGAUUCAAGUGACAAAAAGGGUGCAGUGGAGCCACAAGAACACCCACUUACUUCUCUAGACUCUACAGAUAUAGAAAAGUCAACAGGGGAAAAAAAGGAAAUCCUGCUUAAAAAUUGCAAUCCAAGUAUUGAAAAUGAAAUUUCAGUAUGUGAGACUAUAGAUGCCUCUGGUGAAGUUUUUAAUAAAAACAAGAAUAAACCCAGUCGGGAAUCAAAGAAAACUGGGAGAGUCAAAAAGCCAACAAGAACAUUAGUCAUGACAAGCAUGUCCUCUGAGAAACAGUGUGCAAUGAUUCAGGUGGUGAAUAAACUGGGAGGCUUCUUGUUUUCGGAUGAUGUAUGUGAAACGACUACUCAUGUGGUUACAGGGAGUCCUCGCCGCACCUUGAAUGUAAUACUGGGAAUUGCCCGGGGUUGCUGGAUUGUGUCUUACGAAUGGGUACUGUGGUCUCUGGAAUGUGGACAUUGGAUUUCAGAGGAACCAUAUGAAUUGUCAACCAACUUCCCUGCAGCUCCUAUCUGCAGACUUCAACGCCACCUAUCAUCAGGAAAGUAUCAGCAGAACCUCCUUUCAAGCCAGCCUGUAAUGUUUAUAUCUCUUACCAGUCAACCACCAUGUGACAGGCUAAGUGAACUUAUACAGUUGUGUGGAGGAAAAGUAUGUAAAACCCUGCGUCAGGCCAAAAUCUAUAUUGGAGAAUAUAUGGGAAAGAAGCAACCUGAAAUAAAAUAUUUAUCAGAAAAAUGGAUAUUAGAUUCCAUCACUCAACAUAGGAUAUGCCCGCUGGAAAACUACCUGUUCCAGAAGUAAGCUAACUCACAAGCCUUCUUAUGGUUGUGAAGAAAUUAGCAAAGGUGUCCAGUUUAUAAUUAAGUAAAAAGCUGGACCAACAGAGAAGAUUUUACAAAGAGACAGUAAUGGAGUUCCAGAGAAACAGCCAGAAUUUUGAUAUAGUGUGGUUAGUCUCAUGUAAGUGUUUGUGAAAUGAAAUCUUUCAAUUAAUCUUUUCUAAUAAGGUAUUUACCCAAUAAAAUACUUUUGCUUUGUAUUUAUUUGUACAAGAUGCAAUUCUUUGGGUCUCCUUCUGGCCUCAUGUACAGGCAUUACACACUGGGGCAAGAUUUUCAAAAGCACCUAAAUGACUCAGGCUCCCGGACCCCCUUUUCAACCUAAGAAACAGUCAGUCACUCAGGUGCUUUUGAAAAGAUUACCCUGUUGUAAUCAUUACAAACAAACAAACAAACACAUACAAAUC